UCCUGCACCCCGAGUUCUCACUCCCUGGGGCGCAGAUCUGCAGGUCCCUCCCGGAGGCCAGCACCCGGGUAGCGGCUUUGGUGGCAUAGGUGGCUGUGCGCCCGCCCCAGCCCGGAAGGUCGGGGCCCUGUGGCUGCGCAGGCGGGACCGGCCGAGGCCGGAGUAGGGCGGCUGGGCCUGGGUGAGGACGGGCGGGGAGAGCCGAGGCGGAAGCAGCUGGGCCGCCAGGAUCCAAGUCUCCGUCCCGUCGGUCGCUGCCACCUCCAGUGCUGGGAGCCCUAGUGUGUGCUAGACAAAAUGCUCUGUCACUGAGCUCCAUCCCCAGCCAGAACUUGGGAUCUGAAGUCACAUGCACCUAGGGUGGGACUGCCGCAUGCCAGUGAUGUGACCUCCACUUUUGGCUCCACACCCUCUGGACCUGUGGCUGGUUUUUCUGGUUUGGUCUCUAGAGCAAUUUGCAUAUUUCCUUGAGGAACCCUCUGAAGUCGAACAGCCUCUCCUGAGAAAGGGACGCCCACGUUGGCUCUCCAGAAUUGGGGCUGGGAAUGGCCACAUGGAUCAGGCCACACCCGAAGCAGCCUCUGGCAGCAGAGCCAGCUGCAGAAGGGGAGUCUCAGCAGCCCCUGGGCCGAGAGCUGACCGAAGCCAACCGCUUUGCCUAUGCUGCCCUCUGUAGCAUCUCUUUGUCAGAGCUGUUUCCAGAGCCCGAGCAGAGCUCCUUCUGCACAGAAUUUGUGAAGGACCUGGUGAAAUGGCUGCAUUUGUCCGAAGUCGUCCUCCCAACCAUGACCGCCUUCGCCAGCGGCCUGGGAGGUGAAGGGGCCAACAUCUUUGCUCAGACUCUACUGCAGGACCCCAUCCUGAAAGGAGACCCCUCAGCAAUCACUCAGGACCUUCUGAGCUUCUCACUCAAGGACGGACACUACGAUGCCCGAGCAAGAGUCCUCGUUUGUCAUGUGACUUCCCUGCUCCAGGUGCCCGUGGAGGAGCUUGAUAUACUCGAAGAGGCAUUCCUGGAGAGCCUGAAGGACACCAAAGAGGAGGAGUCUGAGACCGCAGAGGCAUCCCGGAAGAAGAAAGAAAAACGGAGGAAGUGGAAACGCUAUCUCCUGAUAGGCCUGGCCACAGUUGGAGGAGGGACAGUGAUCGGUGUGACUGGGGGGCUAGCUGCCCCCCUUGUUGCUGCGGGAGCUGCGACAAUCAUUGGCAGUGCUGGGGCAGCCGCACUGGGCUCGGUGGCUGGCAUUGCUGUUAUGACCUCAUUGUUCGGUGCAGCUGGAGCUGGCCUGACAGGGUACAAGAUGAAGAAGCGAGUCGGGGCCAUUGAGGAGUUCAUGUUCCUGCCUCUGACAGAAGGCAGGCAGCUGCACAUCACCAUUGCCAUCACGGGCUGGCUUGGAUCCGGCAUAUACCGCACAUUCAGCGCCCCGUGGAUGACCCUAGCCCGCAGCCAGGAGCAGUACUGCCUGGCGUGGGAAGCCAAGUACCUGAUGGAGCUGGGCAACGCCCUGGAGACCAUCCUCAGCGGCCUCGCUAACAUGGUGGCCCAGGAGGCUCUCAAGUACACCGUGCUCUCUGGUAUCGUGGCUGCCCUGACCUGGCCGGCCUCCCUCCUCAGUGUCGCCAACGUCAUUGACAACCCCUGGGGGGUAUGUCUCCACCGGUCCGCGGAGGUUGGCAAGCACCUGGCACACAUCCUCCUCUCACGGCAGCAGGGCCGGAGACCUGUCACCUUGGUUGGGUUCAGCCUGGGAGCCAGAGUCAUCUACUUCUGUCUGCAAGAAAUGGCUCAGGAACAAGAUUGCCAAGGGAUCAUCGAGGAUGUGGUCCUUCUGGGCACACCGGUAGAAGGGGACCCCAAGUACUGGGAACCGUUCCGGAAGGUGGUGUCCGGAAGAAUCGUCAACGGGUACUGCAGGGGAGACUGGUUGCUGAGCUUCGUGUACCGCACGUCUUCUGUGCAGCUCCGGGUCGCGGGCCUCCAGCCCGUGCUGCUGCAGGACCGGAGGAUGGAGAAUGUGGACCUGUCCGCAGUGGUCAACGGGCACUUGGACUACGCCAAGCAAAUGGAUGUGAUCCUGAAGGCUGUGGGCAUUCGUACCAAGCCAGGCUGGGGUGAGAAAGGAUUCCUCCUGGCCCCUGGCAGCCUGGCCCAAGAAGAGCCUCUCCAGACAGCCUCAAUCUCCACAGAUGAGGCAAUCCACCAAGAUGGGCAAACCCGGGAACCUGGCCCAGGAGACAGUCUCAAAACCGCUGGACCUUCCAGUGCCAGGCUAUCCCAGAUGCCAACAGAACCAGACCAAUCCACAGAGGCCUUGCUUCCUGCUGCUGCCAGUCCAGUAGAAGGACCCGUGAUCUGCAGCCAUGGUGUGGGUCCUAACCCACUGGGCUGCCCUGACUGCACACAAGGGACCCGGGAGUCCUGUGCAGAACUGGACUGACCCCAGGAGUCCAGUUAUCUCUUUAGACUUCUGUAUUCAAUUUUCUCUCAUACCUCUGGGCUCCUCAGAGAGUUCUGGAGGUGUGGAAUUUCCACAGGUGCCUUUCUGAAACAGAAAGAGCCUGGAAUGGAGAGCUGGUGAGAAAAACGCUUGCUCCCUGAGGGGACACUGGCCAUGUGACCCACAACAUCAGCCCAGCUCCAGGCCAGCGUAGGCUCCUGCCCUGCAGGUCCAUCCAGAGGCCCAGGAGUCACUGUGAGACUGGAGGUCCCCGUGCUCUUUCUUCCUCCACCUCCAGUGGAACCAAGUGUCUUCCUGAUUUUUUAUCAACUCUCCUGGGCUUCCCACCAGCCCCAGGCCCUACCAGUAGGGUGUUUUCAGGUGCCAAUGAAUUUCCUCUCUCUCUCUCUGCUCUUCUUGGCAGGUCCAGUCAGCGCUGUCUCAUACAGAUGUGCAGGCUGUGUGCAUGCACUGCACAACUGCAGGAGUAACUGAGACAGAUGUCAUGUGAUUGGCGCCCCACCCUGAGCUUGUGAGACGUGGUGGCCCUGAAUAGAAUGGUGGCCAGUGGAAUAAAGGCAGAAUUCACAGUCCGCAUAGAGAGAAACGGGCCUGAUGAUAAAAGGAUUACACAGGGAGGGACCAAUAAAUACU